AGUAUAUCUCUGUCGUUUUCUAGGGGGACAUUGAUCAGGCUCCAGAAGACACUAGGAGGUUGUACAAGGAGUACAGGAGUUUAAAACAAGCUAAAGGAAACUGCAACAACGAUGCAUCCGUCAUCCAUGGAGCAGAGAUCAACCCAACUCCUAAGAUCCAGGAGUCGGAUAGCUGGGGAGCCCAUCUCAAUCGCAAAGCAAUGCCGGUGUCCGCUCCACGACUGACGUCCCAGGAGAAAGCCAGUCUCAUGACUUCAUCGCAGUAUUACGGUCUGAAGCUUAAAAGCAACCUUUCUACAAUCAGUAAGGAAAGGCCGGUUUCACUGAAGAAAUCCCACCGUACUGGUCGAGUUCCUCUGAAUUCCUUAAAAGAUGAUCAAGCGGCGCAAAACAACAGCCUCAGUUUACGCAGUGUUGCUGCCAAGACCUCAGCUGAGGAUCCAAAACAGGAGCUCCUCUCUCCAAGGCGGAUGAAGCCUCCCUUCGGGUCAGUCGCCUCUAAAACUCUCCGUGCAGCGGAGCCUGAAGAGCCCUUUAAGCCAUUUAAACCUGACCCAGGAGAUGCUGGCAAUAGUUGCCACAAUGGUAAUUCUGUUAACGACAGUCAGAAUGAGGGUAUCGCUUCUCAGCUUCAGAUCGAUGAAACUCCCUUCGCCGCCAGAUCCUCGCCUCCGUUGUCGUCUUUAUCCCGUCGAUGCGUUGCUGAAACCACAGGGAGGGAAGACGACGAAGAAAACUCUCACUCAGAAAGUCCAGUUAGCAGUGUUGGCCCCGGCUCUCCUGUUGCCGUUAAACGGAGCCCGCCUUUUCUCGCCGGAUCACGAGGGAGUUUAGCCAAGCGGCCGUCUCUGGCCAGCAGACUGAGCUCCGUUGACAGGAACUGGUUGGAGAGGUGUCAGGUGUUCGGGGAGAUGGAGGCUGAGGAGAUCCCCGGUGGCGGGAACCAGGAAGUAAAAGCGAAGGAAAUACAGGAGAAGGAAGUGACAGGAGGAAAAGCUGAGAGAGACCCGGUGGGCGAAAGGAGACAGUCGGUAGACUCUGGACAAGAAGAAAAGUUGGCAAAUCUCGCGAGGGACGACGCAGACGCUGUGACAGAAUCUGCUCGACGAGGUACUGGGAAGAGCAAAAGAAAGGACGCCGGGGAAGUAGCAUCAGUCCGUCCACCAGACGACGAAGACGGAGGUGGUCCGAAAUCAGAAAACGCAAAGAAGAAGGGGCGGAAGAGGCGGCGGGAGGCGGGAGACGCGCUGGGAUGUGACGCAGAAGACGGCGGAUCAAAAAAGAGGCCAAGGAAAAGCAAAAAGAAGAAGGAGGAGGAGAGUUCGGCUUUAAGCCCCGCUUUAGCUGGUGGAGCAGAAGGGAAGAAGAAGAAAACCAAAAGAAAAGAUUCAGCAGAGGGGUCUGAGGAGGCAGCAGCCAAGGAAGCAAAAAGGCCUCCCCAGGAAAACAUUUUAGGGGAAAUUCAGGAGGAAUUCAGGACCAGUCGAGUGUAUCAGCCUGUCAGAGCCAGAGGGGCAAAACGUGUCGAGGGGAACUUUGUGAAGAUAAACCUAAAGAAGAAAUCUCACGUUAAAGGAUACGCUUUAAGGGGACUUGGUUUGCGCAAACAGCUGUACAUGCAGAAGUUUCAGCUGAAAGGGGAGCGUUUCGGUGGAAGAGGCGGACAUUUCGGCAGAGGAUGGAGAGGCGGAUAUAGAGGGGCUCUGAGUCGCCAGGGGGACACCUGCUACAGGUGUGGAGGGACCGGGCACUGGGCUCUGGACUGCAAAGGACAAGCCCCUCCCCCGCCUGUUUCUGAGGAUGCGCCCGCAGAAGAGGAAGCGUUCGAACUGCCCACCCUGGAAGAUGUUGCCCGGGCCACGGGGACGCUGCGACCUCAGACGUUAGCAGGAUCUCCUUCUGUCAACGCGGAACAGCGCCAACAGGAAAGCGGAGCGGACAGCAUGCAGGCUGACGAGGUGCUGCUAAACAUCAUCCGCCCGGACUAUGAGCGGCCAGCCCCCCCGCCACCGGUGGAACCGCUUUAUCCUCCCACAGAGGACGGGCUGGUUCAGGAAACUCCCGCUGAAGUCUACGCAGCUCUGAGAGAACUUGGCUAUCAGUCGUUUAGACCAGGGCAGGAGAAGGCCAUCAUGAGGAUCCUGACAGGGCUCUCCACCCUCGUGGUUCUGUCCACAGGAAUGGGUAAAUCGCUGUGCUAUCAGCUGCCCGCUUACCUGUACGCGCAGCGAUCCAACUGCAUCACUCUGGUCAUUUCACCUCUAGUUUCUCUAAUGGAUGAUCAGCUGUCGGGCCUUCCCGCCAAGCUGAAGGCUGCCUGCAUCCACUCCAACAUGACGGCGAAACAGAGAGAAGCUGCUAUAGAAAAGGUGAAGUCCGGCGAGGUUUGUCUGCUGCUUCUCUCUCCGGAGGCUUUGGUCGGUGGAGGUUCAGGCUCAGGGUGUCUGCCCUCUGCUCAGGAGCUCCCCCCGGUGGCUUUCGCCUGUAUCGACGAGGCUCACUGUGUGUCUGAGUGGUCACACAACUUCAGGCCCUGCUACUUGAGGCUUUGCAAGGUACUCCGGGAGCGUCUCGGAGUGAAGUGUUUGCUGGGACUCACGGCGACGGCCACUUUGUCCACCGCGCUGGACAUCGCUCAGCACUUGGACAUCAGAGAUAAAGACGGAAUAGCCGUCAGAUCUGCUGCUGUGCCCCCGAACCUGAACCUGUCGGUGUCCACGGACGGGGACAAGGACCAGGCUUUGGUUGCUUUGCUGAAAGGAGAUCGUUUUGGCUGUUUGGACUCCAUCAUCGUCUACUGCACCAGACGAGAGGAGACGGCUCGAGUGGCUGCGCUGCUGAGGACCUGCCUGCAGGGGGUGCUGUUGAAAGAAAAUACCCAAAUAAGCAGCAACAGCCAGACCCAGAGCAACCCGAUGGGACAGAAAAAGAAGGAGCUGGCUCGGAAGAAGAUCCGUAAGCCGCUGAAGUGGCAGGCUGAGGCGUACCAUGCGGGCCUGUCGGCCUCGGUGCGUCGCUCCAUCCAGAACAACUUCAUGUGUGGGCAGCUGAGGAUAGUGGUGGCCACGGUGGCGUUUGGCAUGGGGCUGGACAAGUCUGACGUUCGCGGGAUCAUCCACUACAACAUGCCAAAGAGCUUUGAGAGCUACGUGCAGGAAAUCGGGAGGGCAGGGAGAGAUGGAGAACCGGCUCACUGCCACCUCUUCCUGGACUCGGAGGGCGGGGACCUCAACGAGCUGCGUCGCCACAUCUACGCCGACACCGUGGACUACCACACGGUCAAAAAGCUGGUGCAGAAAGUGUUUCCCGCGUGCAAAUGUAAGAAGAUACAGGAGAAGCGGCAGGAGCUCUGGAAGGAGAUCGAAGACGCUGAUCUGCUGGAAGGGAUGGACGACUGUGAUGGGGUGACCAACCCUGCCGUCGGUGAAAAUAAACGAGGAGAAAAGCAAGAAUCCUCAGCCUUACAGGUGUCUGACCUGGGGGAAGGAAACAAAGAGCCCAGCGAGUCAAGAGAAGGGAAAGACGAGGCAGCUGAUUGGCAGAGUGAGCAGAAGGGGGAGAGCUGCGAUUGGCCAGAGGAGCGGGUGUGUCACACCCACGAAAGAGCGAUUCCCAUCCAGGAGACCGUCCAGGCUCUGGACAUCACAGAGGAAGGUGUUGAAACGCUGCUCUGCUACCUGGAGCUGCACCCGCAGCGAUUUGUUCAGCUUCUCCACCCGACUCUGUCCGCGUGUAAAGUCAGGUGCUACGACGGGCCCCGGCAGCUCCAGAACAUCACCAAAAUUUGCCCGCCGGUGGCCGUGGCGUUGGCCAGGAUGAGAUUGGCAGGCGAGCGGGUGGAGCGCCUCGAUCAGGUGGAGUUUGACGUCGUGGAGGUGGCGGACACGAUGGGAUGGGAGCUUCCCACGGUGAAGAGAGGACUCAGACAGCUGCAGUGGAGCACCGAGAGAGGUGGUGGACGAAGCGGCAUCCUCGUCGAGUUCUCUUCCCUGUCCUUCUACUUCCGAUCUUACGGCGACCUGAGCGACGAGGAGAUGGACCGAGUUUGUCAGUUCCUUCACAAGCGAGUGCAGGACCAAGAGAGAAUGCUGCUCUACCAGCUCACAGCCUGCUUUAAGGCCUUCAAGAGCGUUGCCUUCCAAAGUGUGAUGUCCUGUGUGGACGACCUGGAUGGAAGUCGCAGUUUGCAGCUGAAAAACCUUCUCUCCGAGUACUUUGACAAGCGGCGAGACGGGGAGCACACGCUGCAACCGGUGGACCUGGAAGAGCUCGACAAAUACAAGCUGUUGGACUGGGAGAGUCAGAUCAGAGCGGACAUCCGAAGUUUUCUUUGCAACAGAAGUGAUGAGCGGUUUUCUGGCAGAGCUGUAGCCAGAAUCCUGCACGGCAUAGGCAGUCCUUGUUAUCCGGCUCAAGUAUAUGGCAAAGAUCGACGUUAUUGGAGGAAAUACCUGCAGUUUGACUUCAACCAACUCAUCAGGCUGGCUACCCAGGAGAUUCUCAACUACAAGUGACUUCUUGUCUGAACCUGGAGAUUUUUUAUCAGAUCUCUUUGCAUUACUGAUGUGCAUUUGAUAAAUCAUUUUAAGGGUGUCACUAUCAUGUAAAAUAUAAAAAAGAAUGGUAUAUCUCUGUUUACUUGUGUUACAUAUCAAUAAAAUUUUCUAUUUUUCUAGUUAA